AUGUUAUCGAAACUUAUGCACGAGCAUAGUCAAAAUUGGAAUGAGUAUUUGUAUCAAAUACAGUUCGCUGUAAAUAAUACGUUUAACAGAUCGAUACAGAAUACACCUAGUAAAUUGUUAUUUGGUAUUGAUCAAAUAGGAGAGCCAACAGAUUAUGUUAGAUUAUACUUACAAGCGCUUAAUGAAUCUGAAAAUGAUCAACGUAAUUUUGAUAAAAUUAGGCAGAAUGCUCAGGAAAACAUACGUGUAGGACAACUAAAUAAUAAAGCUUACUAUGAUUCGACUAAACGACCGGCCACGCAGUAUUCUGUUGGCGAAUAUAUCAUGAUUAAAAUGUUGAUACUAACCGAAUGUUUGCAAAAAAUUAUUGCCUAA